GUUCACGAUUGUUGUGUACAGGAGAAGCUCGACGAGUGCAGCAGAGAGGCCGGUCUCUAACUCUGCAGAGACCAAGUGACGUCCAGACAUGCCUCUGCGGUUGGAUAUAAAGCGGAAGCUGACCGCUCGGUCAGACCGGGUGAAGAGCGUGGAUCUGCACCCCACUGAGCCGUGGAUGGUGGUUAGCCUGUACAGCGGCACAGUGGUGGUCUGGAACCAUGAGUCACAGACGAUGGUGAAGACCUUCGAGCUGUGCGACCUGCCCGUCAGAGUGGCCAAGUUUGUCGCCAGGAAACACUGGGUCAUCACGGGAGCAGAUGACAUGCUGAUCCGUGUGUUCAAUUAUAACACUCUGGAGAGGGUUCACAUGUUUGAGGCUCACGCUGACUACAUCCGCUGCAUCGCUGUCCACCCCACACAGCCCUACAUCCUCACCAGCAGCGAUGACAUGUUGAUCAAGCUGUGGGACUGGGACAGGAAGUGGUCGUGUAGCCAAGUCUUUGAGGGACACACGCACUACGUCAUGGAGAUUGUCAUAAACCCCAAAGACAACAACCAGUUUGCCAGCGCCUCCCUGGAUAGAACCAUUAAAGUUUGGCAGCUUGGCUCCAAGACUCCCAACUUCACUCUGGAGGGCCACGAGAAGGGCGUGAACUGCAUCGACUACUACAGCGGAGGAGAUAAACCCUACCUCAUAUCAGGAGCUGACGACCGUCUGGUCAAGAUCUGGGACUAUCAGAACAAAACCUGUGUUCAGACUCUGGAAGGUCACGCCCAGAAUGUCACCUGCGUCCGUUUCCACCCGGCGCUGCCGAUCAUCCUCACAGGUUCUGAGGACGGCACCGUUCGAGUUUGGCACUCCAACACCUACCGACUGGAGAACACGCUGAACUACGGCAUGGAGAGGGUGUGGUGUAUCUGUGGCCAGUCGGGCUCCAACAGUGUGGCUCUGGGCUAUGAUGAAGGCAGCAUCAUCAUCAAGCUGGGUCGGGAGGAGCCGGCCAUGUCCAUGGACUCCAGUGGGAAGGUCAUGUGGGCUCGCCACUCUGAGGUGCAGCAGGCCAACCUGAAGGCCAUGGGAGAGGCCGAGGUCAGGGACGGUGAGAGGCUCUCGCUGGGUUUCAAAGACAUGGGGAGCUGCGAGAUCUACCCGCAGACCAUCCAGCACAGCCCCAACGGGAGAUUUGUGGUGGUGUGUGGAGAUGGGGAGUACAUAAUUUACACCGCCGUGGCCCUGAGGAACAAGAGCUUUGGCUCAGCUCAAGAGUUCGUAUGGGCACACGACUCCUCGCAGUACGCCACCAGAGAAGGCAACAGCAUGGUUAAAAUAUUUAAGAACUUUAAAGAGAAGAAGACUUUCAAGCCGGACUUUGGGGCUGACGGUAUCUUUGGCGGCUUCUUCCUGGGAGUGAGGUCAAACAGUGGCCUGGCCUUCUACGACUGGGAGAGCGCAGAGCUGAUCCGCCGCAUCGAGAUCCAACCCAAACAUAUCUUCUGGUCCGACUCUGGCGAGCUUGUGUGUAUUGCUACAAGCGAGUCUUUCUUCGUGCUGCGCUUCCUGUCGGAGAAAGUGGCGGCAGCUCAGGAGUCCAAGGAAGCGAUCACAGAGGAUGGGAUAGAGGACGCCUUUGAGGUCCUGGGGGAGGUCUCAGAGGUGGUCAAAACAGGGGUCUGGGUUGGAGACUGCUUCAUCUACACCAGCUCUCUGAACAGAUUAAACUAUUAUGUCGGGGGAGAAAUCAUCACCAUCGCUCACCUGGACAGGACCAUGUACCUGCUGGGCUACAUCCCCAAGGAUGACCGCCUCUACCUGGGAGACAAGGAGCUGAACAUCAUCAGCUACUCCCUGCUGCUCUCGGUGCUGGAAUACCAGACGGCCGUCAUGAGGAGGGACUUCAACACUGCAGACAAGGUUCUCCCCACGAUCCCCAAGGAGCAGAGGAUCAGGGUCGCCCACUUUUUGGAGAAACAGGGCUUCAGACAGCAGGCCCUGGCUGUGUCCACGGACCCAGAACACAAGUUUGAGCUGGCUCUGCAGCUUGGGGAGGUCAAGACAGCUUACCAGCUGGCCUUGGAGGCUGAGUCCGAGCAGAAAUGGAAGCAGUUGGCAGAGCUGGCCACGACAAAGUGCCAGUUUAGCCUGGCCCAGGAGUGUCUGCACCAAGCUCAGGAUUACGGGGGAUUAUUGUUGUUGGCCACCGCCUCGGGCAACGCCAACAUGGUCGGAAAAUUGGCAGAGGGGGCGGAGAGGGAUGGGAAGACCAACGUGGCCUUCCUCACCUACUUCAUGCAGGGACGAUUGGAAAAAUGUCUGGAGCUUCUCAUCAAAACAGAUCGGUUGCCAGAAGCUGCGUUUCUGGCAAGGACCUAUCUGCCCAGCCAUGUGACAAGGGUGGUGAAGCUGUGGAAGGAGAGUCUGUCCAAGGUCAACCAGAAGGCGGCAGAUGCUCUGGCUGACCCCUCCCAGUACAGCAACCUGUUCCCCGGCCUCCAGCAAGCCCUGCUGGCUGAGCAGUACCUGAAGGAGACUCACAUCGGGGUCAGACCUGCUGUAGAAUACCCACUCAUCAUGCCGAAUGAGGACCGUAAUGUUCUGGAGGAAUCUUCAGGAUUUCAGCCCACAGGAGAGCUCGCUGACCUAGAGGAAGCUGUGACGAACAUGAGCAUCAUGGUAGCAGCAGUGACAGAGGCUGCCCCUGCUGAGACGGAAGUGGAGACAGAGGCUGCAGCUGAAGAAAUAGAAGAGGUGACGGAGGAGUUACCUGAAGAAACGGCAGCAGUUGAAGAACCCAUUUCAAUAAAAGAGGAGAUUAUUGAUCCUGUUUUACAAGCAGCAGCAGAAGAAGAAAUCCCCCCAGCAGCAGCAUCCCCCCUGCCUGUCGAUGUAACAGAACAGCAUGUUGAACCAAAACAGGCCGACUCUGUAUCUUGUGUGGAGGACAACAUCAUCACUCCUUUAGAGGAGGAGUUAGUCUCUGUGGAUGAAGACAUGUUGGACUCCAUCCCCAAAGAGUCAGAGAUGGUGCAGUCCAGUCCUGUUGAUGUCGGAUCGUUAGCUGAGACAGAUGUUCAGGAAGUUUCUACAGCAGCUGACAUCUGUGUUUCUGACACACCAGCAUCAGAAGCCAUCGUAAUAGAGGAUGCCCUGGUUAGCACCGGUCUAACAAAUGAUAAAGAUGAUCUAGAAGCUUUAGCUCCUGGGAUAAAGCCUGCUGGUGAAGCUACAGGGAUCACCUCAGAAGAAGCGGCGACCCUCGCAGAUACAGCAGCAGAGGAGACCGUCACAGAAUCAUCACUUGUAGCAGUGGAGGAGCUCAUCAGCUUUGGAAACACAGACAAUCCAGAGCCAGAUCUGCCUGCCCCAGUCCAAACGUUUCCAGAUUUGGCCCUUGAUCCUCUGCAAAACCUUCUCGAAGACGCUAUGCCAGUAUUAAUGCCAGUGCCGGCAGAAGAACCAAAGCAGGAAGAACAAAUCCCAGCACUCCUGGUUCAGCUAGAGGACAACCUGGAGCCCGCUGAGCCGGAGGUUUUAACCCCAGUAGUGGCUCCCGCAGAGAACAGAGCAAAGGAGGAGGCGGCAAGUCCUGAGGGAGCUGAGGAACCAGCAGAGGACCUCGAGGAUGAGAUGGUUGAUGAGGGCCUAGACGAUCUGGAUCUGGACAACUUUGACCUGGAAGACAUCGACACCUCAGAUGUAAACCUGGAUGAGGAUUUCUUGAUGGAAUAGGAGGAGAUAUUUUAAGUUUGUAAAACACCAAAGACUCGUUUACAAAGCUGUGAACAGGCUAAAAAAAAGAAUUAAAGGUCACAUAUUAUUCAAAUUCCACUUCACCAUAUUUGUCUAACACUAAUAUGUGUCUCUAGUCUGUCUACAAACCCCCCAAUGAUGAGAAAAGUCCAUCCUCCCCGUCUUUUGCCUGCUCCACUUUUCAGAAAAUGUGUGCUCAAACAGGCCGUUUGGAGAUUUUCCCUUCAUGACAUCACAAAGGGCAGUAACCCCUCCCCCAGCUAGGUGUUUGUUCUGCCCUCUGAGUCUGCCUUCUCACUGUAAACAAUAGGGCGUGGAGUGAGAAAGCCCGAGACACCCGAGCCCUUCCAGAGAGGGGGCGUGGUCAGACACAGCUCAUUUACAUUUAAAGGUACAGACACAGAAACAGCCUGUUCUGAGCAGGGCUGAAAUAGAGGGGAUUUAGAACAAGAAACUUCACAGACAUGUUUUGAGGAGCUCUGAGACUUAUUUAAACUGGUUGAAGAGGAGGAGAAUAUGUGACCUUUAAGUUAAGGUAGUGUGGGACCAAACUGUUCAAACGCUAACCUCCAUUCAGUUGAUUCCAGAUGGUGUUACUUAAAGGCCAAGUUAAUGUUAAAGGGAACAUAAGGAGAACAAUUGGGUGUUUGUUUGUGAUUUUUAGAAGGAUUGAACUGUUGUAAUACUUCACCCAUCAUGAAGUGACGGUCAGAGCACGCCUUCAGUCUGUGAUAUGUGCCUUGUUUCUCUCUGCUUCACCAGCUGAAAAAUAAUUAAGAUUUCACCUUAGUACCUCGGAUCCUUCCUAUACCUCAGUUUACCACCGCUGUUGACCAGGGUGUCUUUCAUCCAUCUAUCUCUUCACAUUCCUGCUGGAUUAGAACAGUAUUUUUGAUCAAUUGGAUCAGGGAAAAGGCUGCCUGUGUCUUCUUAACGCCAUGCCUCUUUUUGUUAUAAAAUGACUGUAUUAGACAGAGAUUCUGAAGAAGCUAAAGGUUUCAACAAGCCCUUUUUUUGGUGAGUCUUUUACCGCUUCUCUGUUUUGAAUGUCUUAAUAGGUCGCUUUUUUGCGACAUACAGGUAAGGAUGCUCUCAGACACAUCGUGAGUGAUGUAUCCCGGAAACGGGGUUUCAGGGUCUCCACGACAGAUGCAUAUUUACUUCUUACACCUGGAAUCGACUCAUGCUUUUACUUUAUCAGAGAUAACCUGGUUAGGACAUCAGAAUAUUUCUGUUACAAGUGCCUUAACAAGAGUGUGUUUUUCUGAAAUGAUGGAAGGUACUGUGUGAACUCAAACAAGUGACUAAAAUCAUCUUUUAUCCA